AUGGACGGAAGAACAGUGACGGACUUCAGCAUCGAGCGCAUCCUCUCCCCGCAGCUCGGACUCAAGCCGCCAGGGAAGGACUGCUCACCGGACGGUUACCUCCAGAGGAACCCCGGGGGGUUCAGUCUGGACUACACCGAGAACUGCAGGCCUCCUGUGCCGGUGCCGGGCUGUUUGCAGUACCGAGGGGUGAGCUUUGGGGACGCGUUUUACCCGUAUGGAGCCGGUUUUCAUCACGCAGACUACACCAGCUUGUAUCCAAACUCCGGAGUUUACCUGCACUUCAGCCGUCAGGACCCUGCAGACACUCAACAGCUAGCGGGUUACCAUGGUUACCAGCAGGCCGCUGUAUCCGCUCAGACACAGCAGCAGCAGCCGCGUCAGAAGUCCCGGAUGAGGACGGUGUUCACGGACGGUCAGACGAAGCAGCUCGAGGCUCUCUUCGGGCUCACGGACUAUCCGUCGGUGGAGGCGCGCGCCGAGGUGGCUGGACGCACCGGGCUGAGCGAGGAGACAGUCAGGGUUUGGUUUAAGAACCGCCGAGCCCGCAGGAAGAGGCAGUGCAACGGGUCCAAGGUCAAAUCCCUCUCCCCUCCAUCCAGCACCGGAGCAGAGACCAAACUCUUCAGCUCCUUCCUCUGAGCCCGACUGAGCGACUGUCCACCUGCUGCUCACCUGAGCAGCUGCUCUCGCCUUCAGAGGUCAAACAUCGGCCUCCUGCUCUCAGGCACUUCAGCAGAGUGGAUACAAACAUCUGCUCGCUGCAGCUGCUGGUGCAUUCAGGAACUGCUUGGA